AUGUUGCAAUCCUCAAGAGCGCGGCAACGAGCGCUCUCGCUCUGUUGUGUGAUCUGCUCCUCACUAUUUUCCACCGUUGCGGGAUGGCAUGCUUGGGUGGAGUACAGCCCAAUGCCAGAUUUGAAUGGGACUAAUCUGUUUCCUUCUUUGAGACUUCCAGCUCCCUCAGAACUGGCCGACCCUUGUAAGAUAGCAAUCACUUCAUUGCGGAAGCUGACACAAGGAGAUUUAUGCUGGGCUAGUGAUCAGUGCGAUUUGAAAUGCGCUACGGCCUUUGGUUCUCUAAUAAGAGAUGUCAAGAACAUUUAUUAUACUAAGUGUGCAGUGUUCGACCAAGAGGCGACAAGCUACCAGAGGAUCGUCUACAAGAAUCCCAACUACCAACAACCCUCAUCCGAACAAUAUUCAGACACCUUCUCAAGAAUAUGCACCAGGGUGUAUGGAUGUGCGAUGGGACACUGCUCCCCAUCGGCGAACGUGGUGGAGAGCGAUGGCACGUCGUCAUCACCUUUGUACAUUAGCUUAGCUCCCAGCUCGCAAGAUUGCUCCAACUUUGUCAUUCCAGAUGAUACAAACUCCUUGCCGUUCUUGACCUGGCACUCCCUGCACCUCUCGUAUCGUCAGUACGACAAGGGAUGCUCUGGAAGUUUGGGUUCACUUGCUGACGCCGAGCAUACGACUUGGUCUUGCAUACAUCAGCCAGGCUGCACUCGUUACAUGACGGAUGACAUGGCCUGUUUUAAGUACAGCUUCGUCAGGGGUGAAUUUCACUUUUGGAAUUGGAAUUCCGUUCUAAGACUGAUGCCUCCUCUAUUUCCUAUCAGUCUGAAAUUCUGUAAUUCAACAAUGAAAUCAGUCCUCUUCGACGCCAUGACAGGACAAGAAUUGCCAAGGAAUGGAACCGUCUUGUCGAUGGAGUACGUCUUAGCUAACAAUGCUGUCGAAAAUAUCAAGAGAGGAGCAUUGAAUACCAUAGGAUUGGACGCUUGCCAAGAGAUCUUGUCGAUCAAGUAUCGCACGGUGAGAAUGUCGCUGGAGAGAGCAGGUUACUACUUCUACACCAAGACAUUCACCAUCACAAAUGUCAACAAGACGAUAUCAGCUGCCAUGUACCCGGUCAUGCAGACACCCACACGCAGCGGGCUCGCAGUCGUGCUGGAAUGGUGUGACUCUCCUUCAAACUUGGACUUGUGGCUGGUCUUCCCGUCUACCGUCAAGGAGUUGUAUUCCUGCGCCUUCACAACAGGCAACGUCACGACGUGGUCUGUUCCCAGCCAGAAAAUCACCAGCGAAUCGACGUGCGUGUCGAAAGGAGGGCAAUGGAAGAAGGUGACGAGGCAGGAGGGAAACAUGGCAGAGGAUGAUGAAGGUCCUCAGGUUUCAAGCUCAGCCUACGCGCUGCCUGAUGGAGCGUACGCGCUCUACAUGGAUGGUCCCCGGCAUGUCAUAUCUCCUUGUCCUGCUGCACAGAGCGGCUGCUCGCCGGGAGAGUUUCUGCUUCAGGCUGAUUCACCUGUUGCCUUCGGGAGCGCCUCAGUCCAGGUGAACGGCAACCUCCCGACUGGGAGCUACAGGAUGUAUGCGGUUGUGCGAGCUCAGAGUACCUUCGAGACGUUCCAAGGAAGCUGCGACCAGAUCUACGCGACCAUGUACUCGGAGACUAGCCUCGUCCGUGCUGUCUAUCAAGUGCAGGCGGGCGCCGCAACGACGGGAGACAGUCUGAAGCGCUGGUGGCAUGUGUUGAACAUCAAAGUCUUCACAGACAACUUGCAGAGGAGCUGCUCCUCUCUUGAGGUUGUUGACACAUUUGUGGAUGGAUACCUGCAGAUCCCUGUCGCUCCUUUGCCCAUCCUCUCAUUGGGGGUCGGGUCUGUCAAGUCGACCAUACCCAUGUUGUGCUUUGACAUGACGCAAAACAUAGCGAUGGAGAUGCAGCUUUUCUACUUCCGCAUUCGUUCAGCCAGGGACUACGGCAUCAUCCAAUCCUCCUCCUACGAGAUCUCCGGUCCAAACUCAGUCCUCUUGUCCUCAGGGAGCUCCGACUCCGACGGGGCGGCCGGCAUUCUCCUCGCCAGCGGCUCCUACAACAUCACCCUGAGGGUCCCCCAGUACAUCUCACGAACUUUCUGCUUCACCAUGGACAGGAAGAAGAAGCUCCUGAACUUCUUCCUGUCUCCAGCAGAUUUAAGGGGGAGGAUCGUGUUCAACUGGGGUAGCCAGUACCCGGAGCUAUCCUUCUUCAUCUUGCCCAUCGGUACCUCUAACAACUGGUAUGAUGUCGACAGUAAUUUGCAGACGUACGCUGGUCCCUCUUCCACCCUUAUCUCCGUGGCCUCGGCCAAAGCUGAGGUCGAGGCCUGUUCGCUCCACUACACCAAGAGCAUCUACAACGAGACGAUGGACGUCAACGAGGUCAUCAACGGCUCCUGCUCGCUCUCGCUCUACAAGGCUGUGGAGGGACAGUACAGGAUCUACGUCGAGAUCCCUCCCAUGGACUCGCGCACCCCCGUCUUCCGUCCAUCUGCUCCCUCCUGCGAGAGUCUCCGGGCAGACGUCUACAUCAAGGGCUCCUACGUCACCUCGGUCUCGUACCAGCUGGGGUAUGCCAAGUGGUGGAUGGUGGGCUACUUCUAUGUGAACGCAAACUCCGAUUACACGUGGAUCGCCAACUCGCAGUCCAUCUACAACUACAACCCGCUGACUGUGCAAUACUAUCCUGUCCAGCUGACGAUCAAGGAUGCGGUCAAGUUCUCAUCCCGUACUGACUUCACCAACCUGCAGUACAAGGUCUGGCUCCUGGACAGCCAACAGGAAGCAGCUUGUCAGAGCUCCAGCAUCUGUGGGAAGACGUGUCAGGAGCUGUUCGAGAUGUACGGGAGGGACAUGUGCCAGCUCUCCUACCAGCAGGUCGCUCAGAAGCUCGACAACGUCAGCUGUGACUCGCUGCCUGCUCAAGGCCUCGUGCGGGACCGAUGUACCACCCUGUGCUCAUUCAAGCCUUGCUCGAGCGAUCGGGUGGUUGCUGUCGGGACUGCUGGUCUGGACAAAAGGCCGUGCAACCCGUCGUCCGCUGUCCAGUCUUGCCCCGACUCUGUCUGGACUCAGUUCACCUCCUCGUUCAUCUACCUCCCAGCUGGUUCCUACGACGGACUCUUCACGAUCGCGGGCUACGUCGAUCGCAAUCUCUUCUUCUCAGUAACAGACAGCAGCCUGCAGCUGGUUGUCGUCAUGGUGCCUCUCCCAGCGCCUCACACCCUCCGCGUCGUCCUCACGUGGGGAGCGACUCCUCUCGACCUUGACCUGUGGGUCAUUGCCAACGAUGGAGGAGACCCGGCUACAGGAGGGAUCGUGUACUGGGACGACAAGGGGCCCAACCGUGGAAUUCAGUUGGACGUUGACGCGGUAUCGGGGUUCGGGCCAGAGACGAUCACGUUCGGGCUCGGGGCGCAGGAGGGGAUCUACAAGGUGGCAGUGAACGUCUACAUCAACAGGGGGGAAACCUUCCAGCAGUUCAAGGGGAACGAGACGGUGGAAUUCUAUGACAGCAGCGGGCUGAUUCUCCGCUCCAUCAUGCCCGUGCGGGUCAGGAGGAGCUCCUGGUGGCUUGUGGGCCUCGUGGAGGUGAAGAACGUCUCGAGCUGGCCUACCUACACCAUCAACACAACUUCUCAUGUGAGUCGAGCUAACGCUUGCCAUGUAACGAGCUGA